UUGUUAAGUGGAGCCACCUGGUGGCAGCCUCACACACCACCUGGCACUAACACUGCCAUCUAGUACCUCUAAUCCUCUCACGUAUUCCUUAUUUUGUCCCAUCUUGCAGAGUUUUAAGCAUCAUGGGUGUCAUUAGGAAGCUGGUUAAGAGGACUCCAGUAAUUAGCUUCAGUGAGGAGUCUGUUAACACAUUAGGAAUCAGCCAGCCAGCUACACCACCAUCAGAGCCAGAGUCCAUAGAUAGUGAGCCUCCAGUGUUUGUUCCUCGUCGUCGUGAUCCACGACAGCUUUUUCAGCGCCUGGAAUACCAUCAUCAGAAUGUGCAUGCUGGAGCAAGAAAGACUAGAAGAUCUAAUAACAGUGAGUUUGUGUGGAUUCUGUGCAGUGUGAUAGAUUUUGCAAAAGCUCCCACUGAUUACAACAAUAUGCGGGUGUGGCAGUACUUUAUAGCACGGGACGAGAAUGAGCAAAAGGUCUACCUGGAAGCCAUUCGUCCAAAGGACCAAAAAAGACAUGGCAAGACUGUUAGUGGGUUCUCCUUUACUCAGGUGCCGAUUAAUGCUGAAAGUUCGUCUGAGGACCAUUCAGAAGCUGGUGUGUCACAAGUGAGUGACUGUCGUUGUGUUCAUCCUGCUUGUAACGAAGAGCAACGGUUUGGCUUGCUGAAACCACAAAUGAAAUCUCUGCUCAAGAAAAGGCAUUUGCCCCUGGGCAUUCUUUCUUACCUUGAAGAGGAGGUCGUGGCAUUAUUUACAUCUGAUCCUUCCACGGUCUACAUCACUCAGGAAUUGACUAGCUUUGAGCGACUCCUACUGCAUGCACUUUGUCAGUAUAAUUUUCUGAGCUCCAAAAGUGCUACCAUAGCCAGUGUGAGAAGAACAAAGGUGAAAAAUGAUAGAGGUUGCUUUCAUGCUCCAAGUGUGUCACUUACUCAGUACAUUGAGACCUGUUACAGAGCUAAGUAACAUUUGCCAUUUCAAAAUUCUACCUUUAGCACUCCUCGCCAACCUUCCUGAUGUUGCCUCCAGCAUCCUUUUUUCUCUCGCUGGCCUCUGACCUGGCAUAAUAUAUCUUUUAGUACAUCUUACCCUGCAGUGCCAUAUGACUCUUGUGGGUUUAGCACUUAGUAUUAAUUUAAAUUCUGUGUUGUGGUUUAAAUUGUCUGAAUUUCAUGUUAGAUACAUGAGCUUAUAUUGUUUGACAUACUGUAUUGUAGUAAGACUUUUUGCCAUUUUCAUACAGUCUGAUCAUUUGUAAUGCAAUUAAUGGUGCAUUUGUUUAUCAUAUAUACAGUUGUAAUACCUGCAUAUCAUGGUUUCCCAAUGUUUUCAAAUAAAUGGCUUGAAGGUUAAUAGGCAAUCCAUCUCUUGAGAAACUUGGAAAGUGUACUUACGAGAUGACAAAUUUAUACGUAAUGUAAGAUUUUUUUGUGUUAAAUGCAAACUUGAAGUUGUAUUUAAUUUUUACAAUAGAUAGGAAAUUGCUGAUGAACUAGUCAGUUAUGUUUUAAUAUAAAUUACUGAUAUUUUUUUGUCUGGUUUACUUUAAAAAAAUUAAAGUGAUACUUUACAGUUUAUUAAUUUUGUUAUGUCUUAAAUAUUCUUAUAUUUGUGACUCUUAUUUAGUAAGAGAAAUGACUCCAAAUGAAGUUUUAUUAAAUUCUUACCUUGUAAAUAA